AUGCAUGACUCUGCUCUAUUUCUCCAUCGCACCUCUCAUGGCCUGAUACUUCUCUUACUUUAUGUUGAUGACAUGAUCAUCACUGGUUCUGAUUCUAUUGCUAUUGCUGAAGUCAAAAGUCAUCUCUUCCAUGAAUUCGAAAUGAAAGACUUGGGCCCGCUACGUUAUUUCCUUGGUAUUGAAGCUGCUUCCUCUCCUCAAGGGUAUCUUUUGGGACAGUCCAAAUAUGUUACUGAUAUUCUUCACCGUGCUCGUCUCACGGAUACGAAGACUGUUGAUACUCCCCUUGAACUUCAUGCCAAGUUCUCUGCCUCUGAUGGUGUCCCCCUUGAGGAUCCUACGGAAUAUCGCGAAUUUGUGGGUUGCUUGGUUUAUCUUACUGUUAUUUGGCCAGAUAUUUCUUAUGCAGUUCACAUUGUUAAUCAGUUUGUCUCUGCUCCUCGGACUACGCAUUGGGCUGCCCUCUUACCUAUUCUCCGUUAUCUUCGUGGUACCCUUCAUCAGUGCCUUCUGAUUUCUUCUACAUCAAGCUUAACCCUCCAUGUUUAUGCUGAUGCUAACUGGGCAAGUGAUGUCAAUGACCGCAAAUCUACCUUUGGCCUCUGUGUUUUUCUAGGCGAUUCUCUUAUCUCAUAA